CAGAGAGAGAGAGGUGCAGUGAACAGAUCAUUGCCAGCGCAGUUUUCCUCUGUAAACAUCUCUCGGAGAUAAAUCGGCAAACUCUUGUGUUUCGCUUUCACGAAGUAUGAUGAUAUGAUACGCAGCGACGUGGAUGUUUUUGGGGCUUUUUUUUCGCGGAGUUUACCGACUCCUUGAAAAAGUGGAUUUUGCAAAUGUGAAGGUAAAUUAAAGGUUUAAAGGAGGGUUCAGCCGCUAAGAGAGGAUCGGAGGGAGUCGCUUCGGUAAAAAGUAGUGAGCGCGGACACUGAGCUCUCCAAACGGGAGUCAGUAUGCUGUCCGGAGGAGCCGCGGGCGGAGAGGAGCUCGGGACCGAUUCGGUUGAACAGCAUGUUAUGGGAAUGGCGUUGGAUCUGUGCGUCGAGUCUAUUCCACCGAGCGCAUGAAGAACAAGAAGAGAGGGACAAAUGUUCAGUGUGCUUUGGGUAUACGGAUUAAAUCAUGUUUGAUAAGGUCUCUGGACCCAAAUGUCACAUCUUCUGGAAACAGCUUGGGCUGAGGCCCAUCAGCACUUGACAGCAGGCUGGGAGGUGGACGGUGUGGCUCAGUGCUUCAGCACUCUCUCAGUCACACCCUGCUUGGGCCCUACAGUGAGCGAGAGCAGUUCUGCAAUGAUCUGAUUCCUCAGCAUGUAUAGCUUAAGUGAGAGAACCCAUGCACUCUAAUGAGACCACCUCUCCAGACAAGGGCUAGAAAUUACUCAAAUUCCUGGUUUAUCUGCGACCUGCAUGUUAAAAUAAUAUUUUAGAGGACUUAAUUUUGCUGGAUUUGUUACAUUUCCUUUUUACUCCCUCCAACCACUGAUUUUGUCUUGCAAUUUCCUUUCCCUCCCUUUAUUUCUCAUUAUGGAGUUUCAAGCCGGAUUUUGGAAUAACGAUUGUACUUCAUUUUUUCGCUUUUGGUUGACAGUGUUGUUGAGCUUGCAUGUGCAGUUCAGUCCUGUCUCCUCUUGUCCCAAUGAGUGCCGCUGUGAUAGAACAUUUGUUUACUGUAAUGAGAGGAGCCUGAUGUCUGUGCCUCUGGGGGUGCAAGAGGGAUAUAAAACCCUCUUCCUCCACAACAAUCAGAUCAACAAUGCCGGCUUUCCAUUGGAGCUACACAAUGUUGCCUCUGUAGAAACUGUUUACCUAUAUGGAAAUCAGCUGGAUGAAUUUCCCCUCAACCUUCCCAGGAAUGUUCGAGUACUGCACCUCCAGGAAAACAACAUCCAGACAAUAUCCAGGGCAGCACUUGCCCAACUACCCAUGCUGGAGGAACUCCAUCUGGAUGACAACUCCAUCUCAACCGUAGGGGUAGAGGAGGGGGCUUUCAGGGAGGCUGUCAGCCUCAAGCUUCUUUUCCUUACCAAAAACCACCUGAGCAGCAUUCCUAUUGGAUUACCGGCAGAUCUCAAGGAGCUGCGUUUGGAUGAGAAUCGCAUUGCCGACAUUGAUGAGGAUGCCUUCCAGAAUGUCACCACCCUGCAGCGACUUUUGCUGGAUGGGAACUUGCUUGAAGAUGAUGCCAUCGCUCCUGGAACCUUCCAGGACCUGGUCAACCUUAAAGAACUGUCCCUGGCACGAAACUCCCUCACUACUCCACCACCAUUGCUCCCUGGUGCAUCCCUGACCAAGCUCAAUCUGCAGGAAAACCAGAUGGACACCAUUAAAGUGACAGCCUUCAAUGGGCUUAGUAAACUGGAGAAGUUAGAUAUCUCCAGCAACCAGCUUCAGUUUCUUGCACCGGGUGUCUUUGAUGGCUUGAGAAACCUGAGGCACCUUAAUGCAAGAAACAACCUCUGGUGUUGUGAUUGCAGCAUUAAGUGGGUCAUUGCAUGGCUCAGGUCUCUGCCAUCUGUGAUAAAUGUCCGCGGCUUCACAUGCCAGAGUCCAGAAAGAGUGCGUGGCAUGGUAAUUCGAGAACUCACCUUAGAUGCCAUUGACUGCCCAGCAGGCACCGUGCUGCAUCCCUGGCCAACCCAUUCAUAUCCAUCUACAUUGCCACCCCGCAGAACCAACACCAUCACCACGACCACCUCCAGAACCACCCACUUCACUACCAUUUCACCCUCUGCUUUUUACCCCGCCUCUGCCAACCCCACACCCCCAGUUCCACAUUUCCCUCCCGGUCCCCUGCCUCCUUACGAAGACCCCUUAAAAAUCUCCUUUCAUGUAGUUAAUUCUACCUGCAUUGAUGUGAGCUGGGAGUCUUACUUCACUGUGACGGCUUACAAAGUGACUUGGGUCAAGAUGGGGCAGAGUUUGAUGAGUGACAUCACUCGAGAAAGAACAGUCCCGGGAUACCAACGAAGGCUUAGCCUGUCAAAUUUAGAACCCAGGUCUAUCUACCGCAUCUGCGUGUAUGUUCUGGAUACUCUUAACACGUACAGACCAGGCGAGGAUACUAUCUGUUCUGAGGCUAAGACCAAAUCCACAUCCACGUACUCUGAAUCUGAGCAGGCUGCCCAGCAAGACAACACCUCCACACUCCUAUUGGCUGGAGUGAUAGGUGGGGCUGCAUUGGUGGUCUUGGUGACACUUCUAAGCUUGUUUUGCUGGCACAUGCACAAGAAAAGCAGGUCGUCAUCAUCCAAAUGGAAAUACAAUCGCGGCAGGAGAAAAGAUGACUAUUGCGAGGCCGGCACCAAAAAGGAUAACUCCAUCCUGGAAAUGACUGAAACGAGCUUUCAGAUAGUGUCACUAAACAAUGAGCAGCUUUUAAAAGGGGACUUCAAAAUUCAGCCCAUCUACACACCUAAUGGAGGGAUUGGCCUCAGAGACUGUCACCUUAGUAAUAACAGCAUAGCUUACUGCAAGAGCAGUAAUGUUCCCAGUGUGGACUUCUGCCACACAUGAUGCUUUUUGACGGAUGCUACAACCAUUUGUUCAAAAAAAAUGCAGUUCAAUAUACUGUAAAAUACACAUAUGUAUUAUAUAUAUAUAUUUCCAGGUGCAGUCAACAUGGUAAUUGAUACUGUGGACAAGUAUGUGGAAUUCUGCUAUAUUUUCUAUUCUUAGUAAAUAUGAAAUGGUUUUGUAAUAUGUGAGGCUCAAAGUGGUUUUGCUCAAGGACGCUGUAGAUGUUUUGUAUUAUCGAAGCACGUUGGCUACCUGCUGCAAGUGCAGUCCACAGGUUUUGCCUCUCAACCACUUUAAGAUCUUGAAAACGUUGCUAACCACACAACCAAAAUAUGCCCUGUGUGCUGAAAUACAGCUACCCCUUCACACAACAGUAGUUAAGAUAACACAGUGGUCAGGAAACCAAAACACCGCUGAUUAAGCUGCAGUAGAAAAAAGGAGCCGAGUUUUUCUUUCAUUCUUUUCUGUUUUUUUGGGGGGGGCGGGGGGGAUUGAAGUGCACUUUCCUAAUGCAGCAGAGAGCAUGAGCAUUCAUUCAGGAAAUUAGCUUUUGUGGAAAUCACAUUUGAAGGGAAAAGGGACCCCUCUUCACCACUCUGCAGUUCUCACAAGGAGAAGCCUACGUCAGUGAAUGCGGUAGGGAAAUGGUUAGAAGGGUUCCUGUGCAAGCAUUUUCCAGUGAAUAUUUCUGUAUCAUUUUGGCCACCAGGGGGCAGCUUGUCUCAGUAAAUUCAGAGGAUAGCGGCUCAAAUUGACCACAGACACUCUAGCAUGUUAAAAUUCUGACUUUUAUGGGAAUAGCUUUUUUGCUAGAGCCUUAUUUUCAAGUAAUUAGCAGCCUAAACAUUAAAUGAGGUAAUAUAAUAGCUAAACCCCUGUGGUAAACUAUUAAUAUCCUGAGGGAGCUCUGUAAUCUCCUUCAUAUUUCUUUAAUUAUAAAUUGUAAAACAUAAGAAAACAAUGAAAACUUCAACUUUAAGUCUGUAUUUGCCUUUUAUAUACUUAAAUUGCCCUUUCUGAACAUGUUUUAUGAUUUACAAAUUAGGCCAGGGUUUUACACAGAGCUCCACCUCUCAAUCUGUUUCUGUGCUCUCAUAUGAAUGUGAUCAGGAACAGUCCACAGGCGACAUCCACAUAAUUGUCUAGCUUUUCUUUUACUGACCAAAACCCUUUUUAAUCAUGCAUCACAUCAGGUGGGAUGAUGAAUGGACAUUUAAACAAAAGCCCUCUUUUCACAGAGAAGAA